ACCUCGGCGGGAACCGCUGCAGAGACGGCGGGCGAUGUGGACUGGAAGGGCAUGGUGCAGAUAGAUCACUCAGAAUUAAGAAUCUUCGGAAGUGCUAAGGAUUGGGCACCCCACCCCGAAGGCCCUGAUCUCCGAAGUUUAUAGCCGCAUCUGGCCUGGGCUGAAGAGAUGAAGGAGAAUGUUGCCGAGUUUCUCCGGAGGACCAUCCUGAAAAUCCCUCUGAGUGAGAUGAAGAGCAUCCUAGAAGCCUGGGACUUUUUGUCUGAAGACCAACUACAAACCAUAAACCUGAAGCAGAGAAAGGACUAUCUAGCCCAGGAAGUGAUUCUGCUAUGUGAGGACAAGCGUGCAAGUCUUGAUGACGUGGUCCUUUUAGACAUCGUGUAUACUCAAUUUCAUCGGCACCAGAAGCUUUGGAAUGUUUUUCAGAUGAGUAAGGAACCAGGUGAAGAUGUCGACCUUUUUGAUAUGGAACAGUUCCAAAGUUCCUUUAAGAGAAUUCUUCAGAGAGCAUUAAAAAACGUUACAGUCAGCUUCAGAGUCUAUGAGAAGGAUUCGGUGUGGAUCCGAGUUGCCUGGGGAACACAGUAUUCACAGCCAAACCAGUACAAGCCCACGUUCGUGGUGUAUUAUCCCCAGACUCCGUAUGCCUUCAUUUCUUCCUGCCAUCUGAAGAACACUGUGCCCCUUCUCCAUCAGGCACUGAAAGUCGCCAGCAAACACCAUCAGAUUGUGCAUUUGGAUCUGAGGAGCAGGCACCUGGACUCACUCAAGGCAAUUGUUUUUAGAGAGUAUAAUCAGACCUGUGAAAAUUACAGCUCCACAACGUCUCUGCAGGAAGCGAGCCUUUCUAUGUGUUUGGAUUCAAAGAUCACUCACGAAAACACAGAAGAAAAAGUGAGGGUCCACCGAGUCACUCAAGAGACCUUUGGGACCUACCCUCAGCCACAGCUAGAGUUCGCACAGUAUAAGCUGGAAACCAAGUUCAAGAGUAACAUAGGUGGGGGCCUCUUGGCCGACAGGAAAGAGCCCUUCCGGUGCCUUGUAAAGUUCUCCAGUCCACAUCUUUUGGAAGCCUUGAAAUCCUUAGCUCCAGCCGGAAUUGCAGAUGCACCACUUUCUCCCCUGCUCACCUGCAUACCGAGCAAGAAAAUGAAUUAUUUUAAAAUUAGAGAUAAAUGAAUACAUAUGGCUUGGCUUCCGCUGCACAUGCAGGUCCAGUUAUAACCGACCAGCUUCUGUGUACAGUCUUGUGUCUUAGAAGCCAAUCCUUGGCGUCGGACAUUCGGUGUUUUUAAUGAACGAUUGGGACUGCAUCUGUCCUUCAUCCGUGCAUGCCCUCUCUCUUCCCGUCUAUUAAGUGCAGCAGCUGUGGGCAUUUGACAAGUGAUAAAUAUGUGCACGCACACGCAGGAGGCUGCAGGUUGGCCUCAACCCUGGCACGCACAGAAGUGGAGCAUGGGUUGACUCUGUAGGCACCUCCUGUCCUUCCUCCCGCUGCUGCUUCUCCUCAGAAGUCCGUCCCUGUGGGAUCUCUGUUACACACCCUUGAUCACAGAAGAACCAAGAAGCUACCCAACCCCAAACUAGGAGAGUCAGAGGGAAGCUGGAGGCUACUACGCAAGGCUGCAUAUCUAACGGCCUCUUUGUGUAAAACAACUUCUCUAUUAUACAUAUUCCUAAUAUACAUAUGCUUCUCGUGAUCUUUUAUCCAUGGCACACUGAAACUGAGCAUCACUGAUCUGUGAAUAAAGAUACUGACAAACGC